AUGGAUCUGCUUACUUUAGAGGCAUGGCUUGAUCUCAUGGUACGCAAGCUCAAUAGCAUGGCAAUACCUACAGACCGAUUGAGGAUCUCCUUGAUUGCCUUUAUGUUCAUGAGGGAUGCCGAUAUCUGGUGGAGGUCCAUAACCAAUAUCCACGCUGUGGAGGUGAUGACAUGGGAGGAGUUCAGGACAUUGUUCUUCGACUUCUUCUUUCUGAGGACUAUGAGGCAGGACAUGAGAGUGCAGUUCAUAAGUCUCUAUCAGGGCAGGACAAGUGUCAUUGAGUAUGAGACACGUUUCACCUCUCUUUCCCGCUAUGCACCGGAGAUGGUAGCUGCCGAUGAGCUCAGGGCGAGGAAGUUUCAGGAUGGGUUACAUCUUGAUAUUAGGCCAUGGAUUUUAGUAUUAGAAUUGAGGACCUACGGGGAGGUAGUGCAGAAAGCUAUGUUGGUUGAGACAGGGGACCGAGAUCAGCUCAGGAUCAAGGGUUCAUAUAAGCAGUCUCGUGGAGAGAUUUCAUCAGUAUCUGUUGGGAGUCAAUGGAAGAAGGCUAAGGCCGGGGAUAGUUCACGUACUCAGGGAUAG